AUGGCCUUCGGUGCGGCAUGGCCGUGGCUAAGAGCAAAAGUCGGCCCCUUCACGCGCGACACGGCCCGGUACCUCUUCAUCUGCGCGGCCUGGUAUCCAGUUUGCUACUUUGUCGAAAGCCAUGUCGUGGGGACAACUAGGGUCCGAGGACCGUCUAUGUACCCCUACCUGAACGAGAACUACAACGAGACGAAGUUCGGCUACGUUUGCCUGACCUGGAAGCUCUAUGCCCAGCAGAAUCUGCAAAGGGGCAUGAUCGUGACCUUCCAUAAUCCGAUGAAGCCUGAGACGCUGACAGUCAAGCGCAUUAUUGGCCUCCCCGGCGACAUGAUUCACACAAAGGCACCCUUCCCAACCUCAUAUAUCCGCGUGCCGCCGAAUCACAUCUGGGUGGAAGGAGACGGGACCAAGACAUUGGACAGUAACACAUACGGCCCGAUUUCGAUACGGCUGAUCGAAGGACAGGUCACUCAUAUUCUAUGGCCAUUUCGCAAGGCCCAGAGGGUGAAGUGGUGGGAGCACAAGCUUACUGAUCGUCUUGCUGCCACGCGGGUAUUCGGAGACCUGUGGGGUUCGGCGCCGAGAGGCCGUAUACCGCCCCUGGAUAUCGGUUUCGCUAGAUGGCAUUCCACCAGUGCCGGCACAGACACCCUCACGGCGCAAAGCUCCCCUGCCGCUGGUGCUCAACAAACAUGCGGCGAUAGCCCAGCCCUCGAAAGUCAGUUUCCGAAGCACAUCGUAUGCCGCUGUGGCAUAAUGGCCGACGAAAUCGACGAAUAUGAGGGUCGUCAGCCCUACCUACAUUCCAUGAUCGCCGGUGGCCUCGGAGGAACCACUGGUGACAUGCUCAUGCACUCUCUUGACACAGUCAAAACGCGGCAGCAGGGCGACCCACACGUGCCUCCCAAAUACACCUCCCUCGGCUCCUCCUACUACACCAUUUUCCGGCAAGAAGGAAUAAGAAGAGGACUGUAUGGCGGCUGGUUUCCGGCGCUUCUGGGGUCUUUCCCCGGUACAGUAAUGUUCUUUGGCACCUACGAGUUUUCAAAGCGCAACAUGCUUGACUAUGGCGUGCAGCCACACAUUGCAUAUCUUACAGCUGGAUUUCUUGGAGACCUCGGCGCCUCUGUUGUCUACGUGCCAUCCGAAGUUCUCAAGACCCGACUACAGCUCCAGGGACGGUACCAGAACCCCCAUUUCAACUCAGGGUACAACUAUCGCGGCACGCUCGACGCGGCAAGGACAAUCGUGCGCACUGAGGGCUUCUCUGCGCUCUUCUACGGGUACCAGGCGACGCUGUAUCGAGACUUACCCUUCUCGGCGCUACAGUUUAUGUUCUGGGAGCAGUUCAAGGACUGGGCACAGCAGUGGAAGGGGAGCAGGGAGAUCGGCACGCCGCUGGAGUUCCUGACCGGCGCCUCAGCAGGCGGUCUCGCGGGCGCCAUGACCUGCCCGCUCGAUGUGGUCAAGACGCGCCUGCAGACCCAGGUCAACCCGGCGCAGGCUGCGAAGGCUGCGAGCGCAAGACAGGGUGCCACGGUGGAUCCGCAUAUCUCGCGCGCAACAGACGGAACGAGGAUAAAAGAGGCAUCAAGACGGCUGAUUUCCACUUCAUCCCCAUCAACGCAUAGGCCCCGGCCUGGAGUCGCACCGCUAGACACUUCGUCCGUGUUUGUUGGUCUGAGGAUGAUAUACAAGCACGAGGGCGUCGGUGGGUGGUUCAGGGGCGUCGGCCCGCGUGUCGUGUGGACCAGCAUCCAGAGUGGGUGUAUGUUGUUCUUGUACCAAAUGAUCCUGCGAAAACUCGACGUCUGGAUGCCCGCCGAGCAAGAAACAGCAGUUUGA